AUGGCCCCCCCCAUCCUUCGUCUGCCCUAUGAGCUUAUCGGCACCCCCUGGCCCUGGCUGGUCCAUCCAUCAGGACCCGUCACGCAGAUGCCCGUCGAGGGCAAAGAGUCCGAGCGGGAGGUGAUGCCGUUAGGGAACAGGCCCAUGCAGCUGCUGCUUGAACUGACUCCCGCAGGCAGAGCGCCAUCUCCGGUCGGUCGUUCGGUGGGCGGUGGUCGGUGGUCUGUGGUCGCUGCACUGCUGCUGCUGGUGCUGCUGGUGCUGUUGGGGCUGCUGGGGCUGCUGGGGCUGCUGGGGCUGCUGGUCGCUGGCUCGCAGGCUUUGGUCGAGCUGUUCUCGCUACUCUACCCACACGACCGACUGACUCCUCGACUCUCACGAGCUCACCCCCCUCUCUCAUCAAAGCCCAACCACCGCAAAACCUAUCUUGCGAUAAUAGCACCGACUUUCAUCAUGGACGCCGAGAAGGACAUGCAGCGCGACGGCCGUGCCAACGACAACGCCGACUUGGGCGAGUACGGCAACCUGAUCAAGUACAUCUCUAACUACCGUGACGGCCGCCGGGCUUCGGUCGCCGGCUCCAUCUACGACGAUGUGCCUGCGAAGCCGUGGUGGAAGUUCUGGGCCAAGCAGAAGACACUGGGCGGCGAUGGCAGCUUCGAUGCUCCGGAGGAGUGGAUGACCACCGACUGGAAGCAAGGGCUCUCCACCGCCGAGGUCGAGGCGCGUCGCAAGAAGACCGGCUACAACGAGCUCACCACCGAGAAGGAGAACAUGCUGAAGAAGUUCAUCGGCUUCUUCACCGGGCCCAUUCUCUACGUGAUGGAAAUCGCUGUCCUCUUGGCAGCUGGCCUGCGUGACUGGAUUGAUUUCGGUGUCAUUAUCGGUAUCUUGAUGCUUAAUGCCGUUGUCGGUUGGUACCAAGAGAAGCAAGCUGCCGACGUCGUCGCCAGUUUGAAGGGAGAUAUCGCCAUGCGCACGACCGUCGUCCGCAAUGGUGUGGAAGAGGAGAUCAAGGCCCGCGAAUUGGUUCCCGGUGACAUCAUCAUCAUCGAGGAUGGACAAGUUGUUCCUGGUGACGCCCGCAUCAUCUCUGCCUACGACAACCCCAACGGUUACCAGGAGUACCUCCGCGAACUCGAGGCCCAGGCCGGCGAGUCGGCGGUUGAGAAGAACGACGACGACGACGAGCUGGAGCACAAGCACGGCUCGGGAUACGCCCUCCUCGCCAUUGAUCAAUCUGCCAUGACCGGAGAGUCCCUUGCUGUCGACAAGUACGUCGCCGAUGUUAUCUACUACACUACCGGCUGCAAGCGUGGAAAGGCGUACGCCAUCAUCACCCACUCGGCCAAGAUGUCCUUCGUCGGUCGCACUGCAUCGCUGGUCUCUGGCGCCAAGGAUCAAGGUCACUUCAAGGCUAUCAUGAACUCCAUCGGUACGUCGCUGUUGGUCUUGGUCGUCGGAUGGAUUCUCGCUGCCUGGAUUGGAGGUUUCUUCCGUCACUUGCAAAUUGCCACUCCUGAAGACUCCUCCGUCACGCUGCUCCAUUACGCUCUGAUCCUGUUGAUUGUCGGUGUCCCUGUCGGUCUGCCUGUCGUCACCACCACCACGCUUGCGGUCGGUGCUGCUUAUCUCGCUGAGGAGAAGGCUAUCGUGCAGAAGCUCACCGCUAUCGAGUCGCUCGCCGGUGUCGAUGUUCUUUGCUCCGACAAGACCGGAACGCUCACCGCCAACCAAUUGUCGAUCCGUGAGCCGUUCGUCGCUGACGGUGUCGAUGUCAACUGGAUGAUGGCCGUCGCAGCCCUCGCUUCUUCCCACAACGUCAAGUCUCUCGACCCCAUCGACAAGGUUACCAUUCUGACCCUCAAGCGUUACCCAAGAGCCAAGGAGAUCCUCUCGCAAGGCUGGAGAACAGAGAAAUUCACUCCCUUCGACCCCGUCUCCAAGCGUAUCACAGCCAUUGUCAUCAAGGAUGGUGUCCGUUACACUUGCGCCAAGGGUGCCCCCAAGGCCAUUCUGAACCUCUCGGAAUGCUCACCUGAAGACGCCAACAUGUACAAGGAGAAGACUACCGAGUUCGCCCGCCGUGGUUUCCGCUCGCUCGGUGUUGCUGUACAGGAGGGUGACGGACCAUGGCAACUGUUGGGCAUGCUUCCCAUGUUCGACCCUCCCCGUGAAGAUACCGCCUCCACCAUCGCUGAAGCCCAAGUCCUCGGUCUCUCCGUCAAGAUGUUGACUGGUGACGCCAUCGCCAUCGCUAAGGAGACCUGCAAGAUGCUCGCUCUCGGAACCAAGGUCUACAAUUCGGAGCGUCUCAUCCACGGCGGUCUCACGGGUACCACCCAGCACGACCUUGUCGAGAAGGCCGAUGGAUUCGCUGAAGUCUUCCCUGAACACAAGUACCAGGUCGUCGAGAUGUUGCAACAACGUGGACAUUUGACCGCCAUGACUGGGGACGGAGUCAACGACGCCCCAUCCCUCAAGAAGUCCGACUGUGGUAUCGCCGUCGAAGGUGCGACUGAAGCCGCCCAAGCUGCCUCCGACAUCGUCUUCCUCGCCCCUGGUCUCUCCACUAUCGUCUCUGCCAUCAAGAUCGCCCGUCAAAUCUUCCAGCGCAUGAAGGCCUACAUCCAGUACCGUAUCGCGCUCUGCCUGCACUUAGAAAUCUACCUCGUCACUUCUAUGAUCAUUAUUAACGAGACCAUUCGAGUCGAACUCAUUGUCUUCCUCGCUCUCUUUGCUGAUCUGGCCACCAUUGCCGUCGCUUAUGAUAACGCCCACUUUGAGCAACGUCCCGUCGAGUGGCAACUCCCCAAGAUUUGGAUCAUCUCGGUCGUACUCGGCGUUCUGCUGGCUCUCGCCACCUGGGUGAUCCGUGGAGCACUGUUCGUCCCCAACGGUGGUAUCAUCAACAACUUCGGUUCCAUCCAAGGUAUACUCUUCCUCGAAGUCUCCCUCACCGAGAACUGGCUCAUCUUCGUCACCCGUGGAGGCGAGACUUGGCCUUCGUGGCAACUCGUCGGCGCAAUCUUCGGUGUCGAUGUGCUAUCUACCCUCUUUGCUGUCUUUGGAUGGUUGACUGGCGGCGCGGGCGAGCCUUCCAACCCUGUUACCAAGAACAAGCUCUUGUCCACGGAUGGUCGCACCUCAAUCGUCACGGUUGUGAUCAUUUGGGGAUACUCCAUCUUCGUCUCCAUUGUCAUUGCGAUUGUGUACCACCUGCUGAACCGCAUGGCCUGGUUGGACAACCUCGGCCGUGCGAAGCGCAGCCGCGCCGACACCCAGAUGGAGAACAUCCUGUCUCACCUGAGCAAGGUCGCCGUCGCCCACGAGAAGGACGAGUUAACUGGUGGCAGCAGAUGGCAUCUCACUCCCAAGGCCACCGAAGCCGAGGACGACGAUUAG